UUUGAUUGAGUUCUCUCUAUCUUGGUGCUGAUCUUCAAUUCAGCCCGACUGGAUUUUGACUGAUGCCGCAACCAGUUGUGACAGGGUUUGCAAUGACUAAUGUAGACAAGUAACAAGUCACAAUGCUUCGUCUAACAGUUGUGGGGUUGUCAAUCAGUCGCCUUGCGAUAAUAUACAAUUCGGAGAAGUAAAAAGGAAUUUGGUACAGUGAUUCCUUAGGGAUAUUGAUCUCAGCUAUCGCAAUGUGCAAACAGAACCGUCUGAUACAUCGCUUUUCUAUUCGAGUUAGAUUCUCUUACUUCAAAAUGUCUUUGUCAAGCCUGAAGAUCAAUGGACUCUAUAUCCUUCUAUUCAUCAGGGACGAUCCGCCUGCUCAGAACGAUUUCCAUUGGGGUCUCUACCUUCACCGCAACUCCGAGACUGGAGGAACCAAAUAUCACAUCAAACAGCAAGGCAGUGGCUGGAUUACUGACCACGGACCUACUGCCGGAGUUUUCAAGUCUUUCCUUCUCAUUGGGCUUUUCAGAAUCGCUGAUGUUCCAAUGGGAUGGGAAAAUCACCUAGACCAGACAUUGAAAACUUAUGACAAUCGCCUGAAUACACCUGGAACCACCUGUCGUGUUUGGGUCUUCUGGGUUUUGGGUCUCCUACAAAAGCCAAUUGCUGGGAAGACUAUCCUUAAGUGCGAUAACCUGCAGAGUCUCGAAGCUGAGGUUAAGAACUGGGGCAAUGCCAACGCGGCGAGUGCAGCGGAGAAUCUUCAGCCAAGGCCAUUAGGAGCUUCCACUCUAUGUGGGCUUUGAACGAGUCAUGGUUCAUGGUAUGGCGAAAUCUUCCCCUUAUUCACGGCAGAGCAAGGGCUAACAACUUACUGUAA